AUGUCGCAGGCCAUCGGCAACACCACGCUGGCGCUCACGCGCGCCUGGCACCUCGUCUCGGCGCGCGAGCGCGUGCUGGGCAAGCUGGCGCGCAGCAUCGCCCUCGUCCUCGCCGGCAAGCACAAGCCGCCCGGCCUGCACGACCAGAGCCAGGAUGCGGGCGACUACGUCGUCGUCACGCAUGCGCGCCACGUCGUCGUCACGGGCAACAAGGAGCAGCAGAUCGUCUAUCGCCACCACACCAUGUUCCCCGGCGGCCUCAAGGAGAUCAAGUACCAGACCAUGAUGGCCACCAAGCCCGAGGAGAUCAUCCGCAAGGCCGUCUCGGGCAUGCUGCCGAAGAACAAGCUGCGCGACCGGCGGCUCGAGCGCCUCAAGAUCUUUCCCGACGAGGCGCAUCCGUAUGCGGCCAACAUCGUGAAGCGCUACGACCUCGGCGACGCCUUUGCGGCGUCAAAUCCGCGCUCGCCGCAACAAUAG